AUCAUUUAUCCAAGUCACUACUAUUGAUAUCGUUUUUCUGGAAUUAGUGCUUUUGAAUAUCAAGCUAGAAAACUAGGUUUUUUUUUUUUGAAAAUGUCGACUGGUUUGGCAAAGAGAAAGAUGGUGACAGUGUUAAGCAUUGAUGGAGGUGGUAUUAGAGGCAUCAUCCCCGGCACUAUCCUCGGUUUUCUCGAAUCCAAGCUUCAGGAUUUGGAUGGCCCCAGUGCAAGACUUGCAGAUUAUUUUGAUAUAAUCGCCGGAACUAGCACAGGUGGGUUGGUCACCACCAUGCUUACAGCUCCCAACAAGGACAAUCGACCCAUGUAUGAAGCAAAGGACAUCAAUAACUUCUACUUGGAACAAACACCUAAGAUUUUCCCUCAGAAGAGUCGAAAUAACUUCUUGACAUCAAUUCAAAGUUUGGUUGGUGCGGUGACCGGACCAAAAUACGACGGGAAGUACCUGCGAACAUUGACGACUGGGCUGCUUGGCGACCUCACUAUAAAAGAAACUCUAACCAAUGUCAUCAUUCCAACGUUCGAUAUCAAACACCUUCAGCCUGUGAUUUUCUCAACCAUUGAUGCAAAAGAAAGUUCUUUGAAAAAUGCAAAGCUUUCAGAUAUCUGCGUCAGUACCUCUGCAGCUCCAACUUUUCUCCCCGCACACUACUUUGAGGUUACGGACAAACAGGGAACAACUCGUUCUUUUGAUCUCAUUGAUGGUGGGGUCGCUGCAAACAAUCCUACAAUGAUGGCCAUUAGCCACAUAAACAGAGAGAUGUUGAAGCACGAGUCAGAGCCUUUGGAUGCCACUCGGUUGCUAGUGCUCUCAUUGGGCACCGGGUCCGCCAAGUCUGAAGGGAAGUACACCGCAGCCGAGGCCUCAAAAUGGGGUUUGAUCAAUUGGUUGUUUAACAAUGGGAGUACACCUUUGGUUGACAUGUUUGGCGAUUCGAGUGCUGAUAUGGUUGACAUUCAUGUCUCCAUUCUCUUCCAGUCCCUCAAUUGCAACGAUAACUACAUACGUAUUCAGGAUGAUAAUUUGAUCGGUGAGGAGGCAUCAGUGGACAUUGCAACAGAGAAGAAUCUGAAGAGGCUUGUGGAGAUCGGAAAUGCGCUGUUGAAGAAGCCAUUGUCAAGGGUAAAUCUCGAUACUGGGAGGUACGAGGAAACUGAGGGAGAAGGUACCUACGAAGAAGCACUGGUCGAUUUUGCCAAACGGCUCGCGGAGGGAAGGAAGCUCAGGCAAAAGAAUUGAGAGAUAGUCCCAUGCAUAAAGAUGAUGUUCUAGCUAGUGAACCACAAUGUUGUUGUUUCAUAUGAGGCUUCCCAAUUUUCAGUUUCGUUAG